AUGGCUGGGAUCCCGAUCCCUUUCGCCGUGGGAGACGAAGUCGAGGAGAAGAGUUACAACCAUGGAUUUCGAGGAGCCUGGUUCCGCGCCAAGAUCGAGAAGAUCGAGCGCUUACGAAAGGAUGUUUACUGCACGCUGAGCUAUUUCGACUACGAAGGAGAGACUACGAUCCCGCUCUACCAGCAUCCUCCAGGCGUUCCACCGUCGGGAUGGAGGGAGAUCAUGCUAAGGCCCAAGUUCCCGGAGAUCCAGGUGAUCAGGAAGUGGAAAGAGGGCGACGAGGCCGACUAUCCGUGGAGGAGCGCUCGCUGGUAUGGCAAAGUCGUGCAAGUCAUCGACGAUCACACAGGAGUGUUCGAGGCCUCGAGUCCUCCAUAUGGCGAAGGCGGGCGCUACGUGGUUGCCUUGCACGAGCUUCGUCCGGCGCUAAACUGGUCUCCACGGGAUGGAUGGCAAGUUCCACUCAGCUCUCCUGCGAAGAUCGCCAACAACCGCAGCUCCUCCUGGGACAACGAGGAUUGCCUGGCGGCGCUCAGGGAGUGGGACUCGUGCUUCCGGCAGGCCAGGAAGCAUUGCUCGUGGAAUGCAGAGCGUGAAAAGGAUGACAACACCAAAGGAAGCCCUUCCAAGGAGGAAGGCUUGGAACUCACUGCCUAGAUUGAUCAAUCAAGGUCGCUGGAUCGAGUUAUAUAUACUAGCGCAGGUUUCCUUAUACGUAGCGAAGAGCAGGGAAACGUAGAGCUCUCUAAGUAGAAAACAAAGAAGAAGAGAAGGAAUCCUUCGUUUUUAGUUCUUUGUGGUGUUCCUUUUGUUGGUCCUUUGGAACAAAGCGGCAUUUGGCCAUUUGGUUCUGUUUGGACGAUCAAGCUUCGUGGAUUUCUUGCUUUA